AUGGAAUAUUUUGUCAAGAGUUAUGGAACGCAGUCUACCCAGGACUGCACAGAUGCGCUCGCAAGAGCUGCGGAGGUUGCAAGGCCUCCAGAGACACCGUUGCAAAUCGUCGAAGAAAAGGUGAAGGAGCUCUUCACCCCCUUGACGGGACCAGAGCCGGAGGAGGCCGAGACGCAGCCGGAGACUGACGCCGUCGAUCCGGAGGAGGUCGGGCUCACUCUGCCUUCGAUAGCCGAAGCUGAGCCAGCUCCCCCUGAGGAGCAAGCUUCAAGCGAAGAUCCGCUGCCGCCGGUCGUGCCGGGCAUGGAGGAAGCCAACCUCGUCGUCCGAGUCAAGAUCGACCCCAAGAGAAGACUAGUGGAGGAUCUUGGGGCAGAGGGCGCCGAGAACCUGAUGGCCGGCUCCAACCGGCAGAUCCUGGAGGCAAUGGCCCAGGAGGGAUGGGAGGUGGAGGUGGUCAAUGAGUCUGAAAACCUCUACAUGCUCUCGUUGCCGCCCGUGCUCUACGAGGUCAUGGGGAGCACCAUCUCCAUCCCAGCUCCAAGAUUUCUGACGACCCUACGAACCACCACGGGGAGAGACGGGGGAGAAAGCUCCUACAAGGAUCGGCUGGAGGGAGACCUCGUGCUGCAGAACGGAGAAAACAUCUUCACCCUGCAGUUGGGAUUUCCGUUCCGAUCCACGCUCACCAUCUCCGCAGCUGGUUGGACGCGGGCCACAGUUGGCUGGGAUGGUGAUGAGAUCGUCACUUCCAACUAUGUUGAAGUUGGCAUCAAAUUGCCGAAGGUGCCCGGCCUCUCGAACAUCAUGGAAUAUUUCGUGAAGAGCUACGGCACCCAGUCUACCCAGGACUGCACCGAUGCCAUGGCCAGAGCUGCUGCCGUUGCGCGGCCUCCGGAGACCGGCUCCCAGCUCUGCAGAGCCGUGC